GAAGUGGAGAAGGAAAUGCUAGCUCUAGGCAGCAGAUUACAAGUAUUUACUUCAUAAAGCUGAUAAUCCUUAAUGUGCCUUUGAGCAGAAGUAUGGUGCCUCUACUUUCAGUGGAGGAAGUGGAGGACAUGGAUUCAGGGAUCUAGUUUGGCACACCAUGUUUGAAAAGGAUAAGAGAAAACUUAUUUAGGGUAGACUCCUUAGAUGUUGUUCUCCAGGUUUUGGAUGCUACAUGUUAGGGACCUGCAAGGUACACGAUGCCCUCAUCUAGAGAAGCAUUUGAAAGAAAACUUUCUCCCUUUUCACUGUGAGAUUGUUUAUGCUUGGGCUAAAAGGGAUGGCUUAGAAUAUUAUGAAAGCAUUUCAUGCUUGCAUCAAUAGGUCUUUUUGCAAGGUAAGUAAUACAUUUCACUCACUCACUCUCUCUCUCUCACACGCACACGCACACAAAUGCGGGAGAAGCUCCCCUUCUUUCAGUUUAAGGCAAAUGUUGAAGGAAAACCUUAAUCUACCUAGAAAAAUAUUCUAUGCAAAGUACUUUGUAUACUGCAUUUUUAGCUACUAACUUGUAUUGACUCAACAUUAUCAUUUGUCUUUUCUUUUCUUGUUGCACAUGGGGUUCUCUGUUGUUAGCUUUGACACAAUUUGCCUUCUUAACAAGUGACGAGCAAGCAAUAUCUGUGGGAUUUGUUGGGUAUCCUAAUGAUGGAAAGUCUUCCAUUAUUAACACAGGUCCUAAAAAUGUAAUGUGUUGCCUCUUUAUGGCUUCUUUUGUUGCAUUAUUCAUGAAAAUUUGUGUUUGUAUGCCCUUGAAUGUUGAAGAGAUAAAUGUGCCCAUCACUAUGUUCCUAACUCUUAUCUAAAAUCUGAUUUCUCUGGAUGCUUUUAAGUGUAGCACCAUAUCUGUUUGUCAACAUUGUAGCCAAAUGAAUAUCUUGCAACUGU